GCGACCGCCGUCAAGUAAACAAAGUCCCGUGGAAGGGGUUUCAUUACACAACACAAUUUACGGUCGAUUAGGAUGUUAUUAUAACCACAAAUCCUUCAGAAUGGCGUUUCCCUUGAGGCUGGCUGGCAGGUACAUAUCAGGAGUGGCGAGGUGUGGACUCCUUCCCGGUUUAAAUGGAGUAAAGACGACUCCGUUUGCUCCGGUCUGCAAGCCCAAUGGAGUGAAUAUUCCUGCUAUUGACCAGCGCCGUCAUUAUGCCAUGCGUCUGGAACUCACUGAAUAUGGCAUUGUGUGGAGGAGACCAAAGUACGUUCCCUCGUGGCAGCCUGAGAAAUCAGGAGACCUGGAGGGUGCCAAGGAGCCAGACUUAUCCACGCCAAAUCUGAAGGUGCUGCCUGCGAAGGAUGUGCUUGACCAAGUUGAUGAAGUGACAAGAAGACUCCUGUCCAUUGAAUUCAGCAACCAUAAAGAGAGUGUGAAAGUCCAGCGGCAGGAACUCUGCAAGAAAAUCCAGCGACACCAACAUGACACUGGCUCUAUGGAAGUGGCAAUUGCAAUGAUGACUUUAACAAUUCGGAACCUUCAAAAGGAAGUGUUCAAAUGCAAGAAGAAUAUCUUGCAGAGGUGUUACCUGCAGGAAUUAAUCGACCGUCGCAAAAAAAUGCUGAAGCACUUGCGCAGAAUGGACUACAAGCGCUUUGAGUGGCUGAUUGGAGAACUAAAUAUCAUUUAUCGGCCACCCCCAAGGUACUACCGGUGGGUCACAAGAAAGGCAUCACUGAAGAAGCUGGUCCGUAUGCGCAAGAGAGAGAUCGUUCACAAGAGACUUAAUGAAUAUAAGGAGACAUUGGAGUCCCAGAAGGAGCCAUUCCUCAAGGAGAAGGCAGAGACCUUGAAAUGGAUUGCAGAGACUGAGAAAAGCCUCGGACUCCCUGUUAGCGUGACCGUUCCCGAGGCGGCUUCAUCUUCUGCAUAAUGGGAAUUGGGGAUGAUGGCUUUUGGCUGUCAGUCAAGAUGGUUUCUGUUGUAUAUUGUGUUACAUAGUAAAAAAUGUUUUUUGUAUAAAAAUAAUGAUAUGGAAACAAAGAGUUAUCCUUAGGUAAUAAAGUUCAUAUAGACAU